CCUUUUGUGGAAGUUUAUUCUGCUUGUCCUUGUUUUAUGUGCAAAUUUGCAGCAGGUUCUGUUUCUGACAAGUACUAUUGAGCUCUCAACAUGGUGCCUUUGAAAUACAAUUUCUUGUAGUUGCUGCCUUGGCUUAUUGCUGUAUUGCUUGUGCUCUUCGUUGGUGAAUUAUAUUUCUUGCGUUUUCUGGUGGUCUAUUUUGAUGGUUCUCUCAGAUCAAGUGUUCACAGCCUUCUCCCCAGAUGCUUUCUUUCCCCCUCCUUUUUGCCUGCUGAACAGGAUUAAGUGCUAAUAUGAGGUAGCUGCCUUUUUUGGUGCUUGAAGGUUUCUUCCCGAAUAUGUUUUACCGGUACUUCUACUGCGUGCAACAAUUAUCUGGUUUCAAAAUAAGGAUGCUUUAUAUUGCUGUGCAGCCGCAGCUGCUGCUAUAAAUGUUAAUAUUUGUGGCUAUGUGCACCUCUUGCUCCAGAUAAUGUAACUCCUCCUGCUUCUGUUUUUGUUGCUGCAGUCCUUCAGCUAAUCCUUUAUUGUUAUUAGUUUUAUGUUAUGCCGAUAUUUGGAUUGGCCCUCUAUCAAGAAUCGACCGUUUGUCUCCCACAGCUUAUUUAUUCCUUCGGCUCGUCUUUGGUUGCCGUAUUGUUCUCUUAGUUGUAUUCAAAAAGGGAAAAAAAAAGAAAAAAAAAAGAGAUGCAAUGACCUGGAAUAGUGAAAAACAAGAUUAAGACCAACAUCCUAAGGUCAAUCAAGCAUAUCGCAUAAGAUCAAUCGCAAUAACACCUCGUUAACUGCAUAGACAAGCAUGAUGGUGUUACCAAGAUCAUACACCUCUGGCUGCAUAUAGCAAAUAUGUAAAAUAGAAACAAAGUGACACGUCCAUCAACCUAAAUGCCGGCCAUCGUUCAUUUCCAUAUGCAAACUCUCUCCCCUACGCUACAUAAAUAUGUGUUUAGGUUUGUGCAUUGAUUUACAAUUUCAAUCAUUUUCUAGCUCUUUCACUAGAAUGGAAAACAAUAGGUCUGAACUGUUGCCAACUAUGGUGGUUGUCUUUCUUGUUGGCUUCAUCUCCAUGUUUAGCUUCUCUCAAGCAUUCACUGAUGAAGGGAAACCACUAAGAACUUCGGAGACUAGUCAAAAAGGCAAAUUUGAAACUUACAUUGUCUUUGUACAGAAGCCAGAGGGGGUGGUUUCUGCUGAUGACCUGGACAGCUGGUACAAGUCAUUUUUACCAGUUACAAUUCCAAGUUCAAACCACCAGGAACGCAUGGUGUAUUCUUACAGACAUGUCGCCACUGGGUUUGCUGCAAAACUAACAGCAGAAGAAGCAAAAGCUAUGGAAGAUAAGGAUGGGUUUUUGUCUGCAAAGCCCCAAAAGGUAUUAUCUCUACAUACAACUCACAGUCCAAACUUCUUGGGGUUGCAAAAAAAUUUAGGAUUUUGGAGAAACUCAACUUAUGGAAAGGGAGUGAUUAUUGGGGUUUUGGACACUGGAAUAUCUCCGGAUCACCCUUCAUUCAGUGAUGAAGGAGUGCCUCCUCCACCAACCAAAUGGAAAGGGAAAUGUAACUUCAACGGAACUGUGUGUAACAACAAACUCAUUGGUGCAAGAGAUUUUACUUCAUCGAAAGCUGCACCACCAUUCGAUGAAGAAGGCCAUGGGACUCACACGGCCAGCACAGCAGCUGGAAAUUUUGUAAAUGAUGCCAGUGUGUUUGGCAAUGCUAAUGGCACAGCAGUUGGUAUGGCGCCUCUGGCUCACCUGGCCAUUUACAAAGUCUGCUCUGAUUUUGGUUGUGCAGAAAGUGAUAUAUUGGCUGCAAUGGAUGCUGCUGUUGAGGAUGGUGUGGAUGUGCUUUCGCUUUCCCUUGGUGGUGGCUCAGCGCCUUUUUUUGAAGAUUCAAUUGCAGUGGGAGCUUUUGGAGCAACUCAGAAGGGAAUUUUCGUUAGUUGUUCAGCAGGGAAUGAAGGUCCAUAUAGUGGUUCUUUAUCAAAUGAGGCCCCGUGGAUUCUCACUGUUGGAGCAAGCACCAUUGAUAGAAGCAUAAGAGCAGAUGUGUUGCUUGGGAAUUCCAAUCAUUUUUUUGGCGAAUCCCUCUUCCAGUCAAAUUCACCUCCAUAUAUGAGUCUUGUUUAUGCAGGUGCUCAUGGUUCUCAAUCAGCAGCAUUUUGUGCACCAGAAUCAUUGACAGAUAUAGAUGUCAAAGGCAAGAUAGUUCUUUGUGAGAGAGGUGGUGGGAUAGCAAGAAUAGACAAAGGACAAGCUGUGAAGGAUGCCGGUGGUGCUGCUAUGAUUCUUAUGAAUGACAAGGAUAGUGGCUAUAGCACCUUAGCAGAUGCUCAUGUACUUCCUGCAUCACAUGUGAGUUACUCAGCUGGGUUGAGCAUCAAAGCCUACAUAAACUUAACACAAGUUCCAACAGCUACAAUCAUGUUUCUUGGAACUAAAAUUGGUGAUAAAACUGCUCCGACGGUUGCUUCAUUUUCCUCUAGAGGGCCAAGCUUGGCAAGCCCAGGCAUAUUGAAACCCGAUAUUAUUGGCCCUGGCGUGAGCAUUCUAGCAGCAUGGCCAGUUUCUGUGGAGAACAAGGCAGAUACGAAGUCCACAUUUAACAUUAUCUCAGGCACCUCAAUGUCUUGCCCACAUCUGAGUGGCAUUGCUGCUCUGCUGAAAAGUGCCCACCCUGACUGGUCUCCUGCUGCCAUCAAAUCUGCUAUCAUGACUACUGCUGAUUUAGUUAACCUUGGCAACCAGCCAAUUCUGGACGAGAGGCUUUUACCUGCUGAUAUAUUGGCCACUGGAGCUGGCCAUGUUAACCCAUCAAAAGCAAGUGAUCCGGAUGAAAAUAACGAUCUGUUCUUUUGCAUUUUCAUCUCCUGA